GUUGUAACGAGAAACAUCUUUAAGAUGUCUGGAAGAGGCAAAGGCGGUAAAGGACUCGGAAAAGGAGGCGCGAAGCGUCACCGCAAAGUUCUGCGCGAUAACAUCCAGGGAAUCACCAAACCCGCCAUUCGUCGUCUCGCUCGUCGUGGUGGCGUCAAGCGCAUCUCUGGUCUGAUCUACGAGGAGACUCGCGGUGUGUUGAAGGUGUUUCUGGAGAACGUUAUCCGGGAUGCUGUCACUUAUACCGAGCAUGCUAAGAGAAAGACCGUCACCGCUAUGGACGUUGUGUACGCGCUGAAACGACAGGGCCGCACCUUGUACGGAUUCGGAGGUUAGACGUUUUGAAUCAGAAAAACAAACCCAACGGCUCUUUUAAGAGCCACCCACACUGUCAUAUAAAGAGU